GCGUGAUUGGUCAGUUCGCCGUACAUGCUAAACACGAACGUCUGAUUGAAGAUGAGCCUCAGGAAACAAACCCCGAGCGACUUUCUGAAGCAGAUCAUCGGGAGACCGGUGGUGGUCAAGCUAAACUCGGGGGUGGAUUACAGAGGUGUGCUCGCCUGUCUGGACGGGUACAUGAACAUCGCCAUCGAGCAGACAGAGGAGUAUGUCAAUGGGCAGCUGAAAAACAAGUAUGGAGAUGCUUUCCUCAGAGGGAACAAUGUUCUGUACAUCAGCACCCAGAAGAGGAAAGUUUAGAGAGGAGUAUCAUCUGUUUUCACGUAUUGUUUUGAUUAAAGUUUAGUGGACAACUCUCUGACAUGUUUGGUUCUAUGAAAAAAAAAAAAAAAAACUAAAAUCCUGAAAAAAUGUUUUUGUAAAAGUGGCAUUUACGCGAAUGAAGCUGUAAUUGUUCAUU